AUGAAGUCUAUUCUGGCUAUUCUUACCCUCGCUGUUGGCCUUGCCCUUGCCGACACUUUAACCAUUGAUCUCCACGCCAACGGUUGCGACGAUACUCCCUUCCAAUCCUUCACAAUUGGAAAUAUUGGAGAAUGCCACCCUGCUCGUCAAGCAUUCAACUCUUUCGUCCAGCGCAACAUUGCUCAGAGUUUCUUUGGCCGCAACCUGGGCAUCCGAGCCUUCCGUAACAACGACUGCACCGGCCCAUCCAGCACCGACUCGUUGUCCAACACUCGCCAAUGCGUUGGUAAUGAAGGCGCUAGCUUUAUGCUCACUACCAGGGACUAA